AUGGAUCCCCUCUUGAAAUAUUUUCUCACUGCUAAAGAGCAUCCCUUUGAGAUCGGAGUUGGUUUACUAACAACGUUUGGCGCGCAUUUUGCAUUAAAAGCUUUCAGGCGAGCAAAUGCCUUUCGCCAAUUGGAUGGCCCGACGCCAUCUUCUUCUCUUUGGGGCGACGAGGCGCUUUUAUAUGACAUUAAAACCAGUCUGACAAUUCAUGAUGAACUGCUCAACCGGUACGGUUCUGUCUGCAAGGUUAAAGGACCACUCGGAGAGGACCGUGUUUGGAUUGCUGACCCACGGGCGCUGAGUGAUAUUGUGGUCAAAGGCUUCGAUGACUUCCAUGAAGUCGAAGGAUUUGUAGCAUGGUUUGCUCUUACUCAAGGACCAACAAUUAUAACUACAAGUGGUCACAAACACAAGAUGCAGCGGAAAAUUCUCAAUCCAGUGUUCACCGCCGCUCAUAUGCGUAAAUUACAGCUUGUUGAUAAUGCGAACUUUGACAGACUCCGACCUUCAACACUUUCGGAAAUCGUGACUUCCGAAGUAAGAACAAGUGGCGGAAAUACUGCAGUAGUAGACAUACACCAUUGGAUGAGCAAUGUUUCGUUAGAAAUGAUCGGCCAGGCCGGGAUGGGUCAUUCGUUUGGAGUAAUGACCGGUAAAGAGCCUGAAUACAUUGAAGCAUCCCGACAACUGUUCCCCUUGAUCUCGGAAAUGUGGUAUAUACGUCCGUUCCUUCCCGCCCUCAUGAAGGUCGGAUCUGCUGGCUUCCGUCGCUUCGUUGUGAGCUAUAUACCAUUUGGCCCGGUACAGAGACUCAGGAAUAUUACUGAAACUAUGGAUAAAACGGCGGCUGGUAUCUAUAACCAGAAGAAGCGUGCACUUGAGGAGGGAACGCUUGAAUCUGAGAUUGCGGCUGGAAAUGACAUCAUGUCAAUGAUGCUCAAGCAAAAUAAGAACGUGCCCCCGGAAGAUCAAAUGAAUGAAGCUGAGAUCCAGGCUCAAGUCAACGGUUUGUUGUUCGCUGGACAUGACACGACCAGCGCUGCUUUGGAUAGAACAAUACAUCUCCUCGCCCAGAAUCCCGAGGUCCAGUAUCGGUUGCGUGAAGAAGUCAGGGAAGCACAUGGUCUACACGGAAAGAGCCUCGACUAUGACCAACUCAACUCACUACAGUAUCUCGAUGCAGUCUGUCGUGAAUCAUUACGUCUCUGGGCUCCGGGUCAGCUCGUCGAGCGAACCGCAGGCAAAGACUGGAACCUGCCACUCAGGUAUCCUGUUAAAUCUAAAGACGGAAAGACCAUGAUAUCCAACCUCCACAUAAAGAAAGGGACUCAUCUAUACCUAUCACUUGGAUCAGUUAACCGGGAUAAACAAACUUGGGGCGAUGACGCGGACCAGUUUAAGCCCGCUCGGUGGCUGACGCCACUCCCGGGUAGUGUGGCAGAUUCGAAAAUACCUGGAGUAUACUCUAAUAUAAUGACAUUCUUAGGUGGUCCGCGUUCCUGCAUUGGAUUCAAAUUUUCUCAACUUGAAAUGAAGGUUAUACUUUCGACUCUAAUCUCGUCGUUUAGAUUUGAGACCGGGCCAGAAGAGCACUUUUGGGUGGCAUCAGGAGUGCUCAAACCCCAUACGCAACGUGAUGAUGGAACCAUCGAUUCAAUAUCUUCGUUACGUUUGAAGAUCACACUGGUUGAUGAUUGA